AUGCAGAGCGUAUCGGAUGUGAAUCGCUUGCGAAUCGGUAGGGUCUCGCUAGACGACAUCGAGAGAGCACUCCGUCCUAAGAAGCACAUCGAUCCAAAGGAUAAGCUACCAAAACACUACUGGCGAUGGAUAGCGGCUUUCAGCCAGCAGCUUGCUGAUCAGCUACCACCACACCGACCAGGGGUCGAUCAUAAGAUCCCCUUGAAACGCGACCGAAACGGCGUCGAAGAGCCACCACCAUAUGGUCCUCUCUACGGCAUGAACAAGGAAGAACUUCUUUACCUACGGAAGACGUUGACGGACCUACUUGGGAAGAACUUCAUACGUGUGAGCCAAUCGCCCGCAGCAGCACCAAUCUUGCUAGUGAGGAAGCCAGGUGGAGGCGUACGAUUCUGUGUCGAUUACCGAGGAUUGAACGAACGGACAGUGAAGGAUCGCUACCCUCUACCGCUGAUUCGAGAAACGUUACGGAACAUGGGCCACGCCCGCUGGUUCACAAAGCUCGAUAUCAUCGCGGCCUUUCAUAAGAUCCGUAUUCACCCUGGAGAAGAAUGGAAGACAGCAUUUCGGACGCGAUACGGGCUCUACGAGUGGAACGUGACUCCAUUUGGGCUAACUGGCGCACCGGCAACGUUCCAGAGGUAUAUCAACCAGACGCUACGAGAGUACCUCGAUGAUUUUGUGUCGGCAUACGUCGACGACAUAAUAAUCUACUCUAACGGAACGCUAGCGGAUCACCGCCGAAAGGUCGGCGAUGUUCUACAGAAACUAAUAGACGCGGGUCUGCAAUGUGACAUCGCGAAGUCAGAGUUUGAGCAGAAAUCGGUGAAAUACCUUGGCUUUAUUGUCGAAGCCGGGAAGGGGAUCCAUGUUGACCCAAAGAAGGUAGAGGCUAUUAGGGCAUGGGAGAGACCGAAGUCUAUACGAGAUGUGCGAAGCUUUAUUGGUUUUGCGAACUUCUACCGGCCGUUUAUCCCCCGAUUCGCCGACCUUUCGGCACCCUUAACACGGCUUAUGAAGAAAGACGCUAUCUUCGAAUGGGACGAUAAUUGCCAACAGGCCUUCGUGGAACUAAAGGAACUCUUUAUAAACGCACCGAUCCUAGCUCAUUUCGAGGAGGAUCGUCAAACAGUCGUGGAAACUGACGCUUCUGGCUGGGCUACUGGGGCGGUCCUAUCGCAAUACGGGCCUGAUAGGCAACUACGGCCAUGCGCCUAUCUCUCCCAGAAGCUAUCUCCAGCAGAAUCAAACUACGAGAUCCACGAUAAGGAGCUUCUAGCGAUUAUACGUGCCCUACGCGAAUGGAGACCUGAGCUGAAAAUGGUGCCUCGAUUCACUAUCGUGACGGACCAUAAGAACCUCCGAUACUUUGGUAAAGCACAACAUCUGAAUGAACGGCAGAUGCGCUGGGCGGAUCUCUUAACAGAGUUCGAUUUUGACCUCCGCUAUCGCCCUGGUAAGCUUGCAGUGAGGCCGGACGCACUAUCACGACGGAGCCAGGAUAUGCCACAGAGCAUCACCGACGAAAGGCUAUCGAAUCGCUUCCGAGUCCUGCUCAAAAAGGUCAAGAUCAAAAUAGGACGGUUAGACCCUCAACCAGCCGACCACCAAUCAAACGAAGCGAUCGACUUUGAAAGGGAUAUUCCCCUCUUCGAAGAAGAGGAACUCCAGGCAGAAUGGAAAAGGGCAAGGGCGUCUGACUCGAUCUACCAACGAAUCUCCCACGCUUUGCUAACGGGAGAGCGCCGAAUCGCUGCCGAGACAGACAUUAAGACAAGCCUAUCAGAGUGCCACUUGGACGAUCGAGGAGUGCUUCAUUUCAGACAACGAAUCUGGAUUCCUGAUAACGAGGUUCUACGCACAGGGAUCAUACAAAAGAUCCACGAUUCACACGUCACGGCGCAUCCUGGGCGAGACGCUACCUAUUCGAUACUGUCUCGACGGUUCUUCUGGCCAGGAGCAGCGAAGGAUGUACGACGCUUCCUUCGGAAUUGUACAAUCUGCGGACGGAGCUCAGUAUGGCGAGACACAAAGCAUGGGCUAUUGAAACCCCUACCUAUUCCUCAGCGAAUCUGGGCCGAAAUAUCAGUGGACUUUAUCACCGGACUGCCACCCUCCAGACCUACGGGGGCAACGAACUGCAUGGUGAUAACAGAUCGGUUAACGAAGGGCGUGAUUCUGAUCGGAAUGAAGAAUACGACGGCAGAAGAUGUAGCAGAGGUGUUCUUCACACACUUCUAUAUGCAUCAUGGGGUGCCACUAGCGAUUGUAAGCGACCGCGGCCCCCAAUUCGUGAGUUCUUUCUGGGAAAGGGUAUGCGAAAGGCUAUCGAUUCAACGCCGAUUAUCCACGGCAUUUCACCCCCAGACCGACGGUGCAACAGAGCGUGCCAAUCAGGAGAUCGAACGAAUUCUACGUUUGUUCACUACGUACUCACAGGAUAACUGGAAGGAUCUACUACCAAUAGUCGCCGUGGCGAUUAAUAAUCGCGAUGCCGCUUCAACUGGAAUCUCGCCAUUCUUCUUCACCCACGGUUACCACGUUGACCCGAUUGGCAUUGACGAAGCAGGGCAGCUAGAAGGCGCCCUGACCCCACCACGAAAGGCAGGCGAAACGUUCGUGAAUCGCCUACGAGAAGCCACCGAUUGGGCCCAGGCCGCUAUCGCUUCCGCACAGGCCCUUCAAGAGGAGCAAGCGAACCGACGUCGACAGGCUGCGCCUGUCUAUAAAAAGGAUGAUUGGGUUUGGCUAAACCUUCGGAACAUACGCACACGACGACCGUCAAAGAAGUUGGAUUGGCUACAUGCUCGAUACCGAGUAGUAGACGUUCCGUCACCGUUUACCGUCCGACUCAAUGUGCCUACUGGCAUACACCCAGUGUUCCAUAUUGAACUAGUUCGUCCGGCAGCAACGGACCCGUUCCCAUCUCAGCUAGUAGACGAUUCGCAGCCACCACCACUACUAGUUGACGGAGAAGAGGAAUACGAAGUCGAGCAGAUCCUAGCUAUACGACGGAGGAAGAUCGGACGAGGAUAUCGUGACGAAGCGCUGGUGAAAUGGAGAGGAUGGGCUGAGCAAACGUGGGAAACGCUAGAUUCAGUGCGGGAUUGCAGCGCCUUAGAUACCUUUGAGGAGCAGCACGGCACCGUUUCGGAGGUGAUUCGCCAGCAAAUCGGCACCGAAGCCCAUGCCGUCGUGCCCCUGAUGAGAUUAAGACUAGGAGGGGGGUAUUGUCACGGGCCAGUGCCCGAUAUAGGUCACGUGUAUCACGAGACCUUGGCAUAUUGA